AUGGUUGAUUAUAUUAGGAGCAGUUCUGCCUUUGACACAAAAACUGGGUUGCGUGUGGCUGUGAAGAAGCUGUCCCGACCAUUUCAGUCUAUCAUCCAUGCCAAAAGGACCUACCGAGAACUACGACUACUUAAGCAUAUGAAACAUGAAAAUGUGAUUGGUUUAUUGGAUGUGUUCACACCUGCCAAGUCACUAGAAGAAUUCAAUGAUGUGUACUUGGUGACGCACCUUAUGGGAGCAGAUUUGAAUAACAUUGUGAAAUGCCAGAAACUCACAGAUGAUCAUGUGCAGUUCCUCAUAUAUCAGAUUCUUCGGGGGUUGAAGUACAUCCAUUCAGCUGACAUAAUACACAGAGAUUUAAAACCUAGUAACCUAGCUGUAAACGAAGACUGUGAGCUGAAGAUACUAGAUUUUGGCCUGGCCCGACAUACAGAUGAUGAGAUGACUGGAUAUGUGGCUACCAGGUGGUACAGGGCUCCUGAGAUCAUGCUGAACUGGAUGCAUUAUAACCAGACAGUUGAUAUUUGGUCAGUGGGCUGCAUUAUGGCUGAACUGUUGACUGGAAGAACGUUGUUCCCUGGUACAGACCAUAUUAACCAGCUUCAGCAGAUCAUGCGUCUGACGGGAACACCCCCUGCAUAUCUCAUUAACAGGAUGCCCAGCCAUGAGGCAAGAAACUACAUUCAGUCUUUGUCUUAUAUGCCGAAAAUGAACUUUGAAAAUGUGUUUAUUGGUGCCAAUCCACUAGCUGUGGACUUGCUAGAGAAGAUGUUGGUACUGGAUACAGACAAACGAAUUACUGCAGCUGAAGCAUUGGCUCAUGCCUAUUUUGCUCAGUAUCAUGAUCCAGAUGAUGAACCAGUGGCAGACCCCUAUGACCAGUCUUUUGAAAGCAGAGAACUUGAGAUUGAGGAAUGGAAAAGCUUGACUUAUGAUGAAGUAAUCAGCUUUGUGCCACCACCGCUUGACCAAGAGGAGAUGGAGUCCUGAGAAACUGCUCUCUUCUGUUUGUCCCACUUCACUGUGAGGGGAAGGCCUUUUCAUAGGGACUCUCCAAAUAUUCAAGUGCCUCGUCACAACAAUAUUCUCCUUGGUGGAGGGGUUUUGUGUGUGUUGAAUUGGGGAGGGUGGGGGGAGGGAAGAAAGUUGAAUCUAUGUAAACAUGCUGCAUGCUCUCUUGUAUUCUGUGUACAGCCUGGGACUAGCCUCUGAAGACCUGUUCUGACUGCUCUUGACUCCUUCCAGAGUGACAGUGGUCAACCAGUUUGCACCACUGCUGGGGCAAGGUGGGGAAGGUGACUAAAUUAAAGUUUGGUCACAAUCAUUGCCAUUUUACCAGUUCCUCUACAGUUAAGUAACCUCACAGUAGUAGAAGUUGGUUAUAGACGUAAGAGUCCUCCGUUUUCUUCAGGACUCAAGGUGGAGUUGAGGUAUGCCCUUGUUCCAUGCCAGGUGGCUGAUUUACAUCCAGAUUUUCCUGGCAUGGUGUACAGCAGAAUGUACAGGCCUUCUAAUGACCGUCUUUGGAACAUGAGCAGGUUUUGAUAGAAAUUGUAAAUAUGUUUGUGCCUUAAACUAAUGGGGAAAGAGAGGAAAGGAAGUCUGGAGUGGAAAUCUGACCCUGCUGUUUUUCAGGGUGAGGUUCCCAGAUAGCCAGGCAUGAACACUAUGUAAUCAGGACAUAACCUUCCAAGGCAACAGUGUCUCUCCCUGGAUUGGGUAUUCCUGUAUUUCUCCCUCUUCCCCUCCUUUCAUUCUGAGGCUUCCCAGCAUUAGUUCCCAGGAAAGAGAGGCUGGAGAAGGUUCUUGCUAGCCACAAGUUUGUGUAUUUUGUUCCUUAAGAGGUGGGGUGUUUUUGCAUGUCAUAGCUGUAUGUGCAUGUAGAGCUACUUGGUUCCUGUUUUUAUUUUUUGGGGAUGGCACUGGGGCAGUUAAAUCAUCAGUGAGCUAUUUUACUGAGUACCUCAGCCAGUGCCAUGAAAUCAUAGCAUCCUCCCUCUUGUGCUGCAGCUCAGUUGUGAAAUACCUGUCAUUCUGAAGGCUCUGAUGGGAAAAGGAUAAAAUAUACAGCAUAUAAACACGCACCUUUUUCUUUGUUCUGGUCUUAUGGUUUCAGAGAAAGAGAAAUUGGGAUGGAAGUUUUCUUGUGAGAUCAAGUGUAAAAAAAAGUUCUUCAAAGAAACAACUAGCAUCUUGUGCUGGAAUUUAAGUUAUUUCCUGAAAAGAAUUUUUUUUAGAAUGUUGGAAUCCAGAGGAAAGAAAUAAGCAUGUGUAAAACCACAAUCUCUCUUUCACUGUCUAGAGCUAUACAUCCAUCCAUAUAUAUACACACAUAUAUAUAUGUAUGUAUAUAAAACUAACAUUUUACUAGAGGUUCUUUUACCUUCUUGGACAAGAGCUGCUUGGCUGCUUUUUAGCUGGUUGAUCUCUGCCUGAGGAAAUGGGAAAAGGGAGUAUGUUUGAAUACAAUAAUGGUUCAUAUAUUUUGUGUUUUACAGGACUCCGAAUGAAUCAAAUGCCCAGAGUUAGAGACUGGCAGGAGGGAGACUUUUUCAGCAUUUUUGUUUGUUAGAACUCUACCUGAGGAGCUCAGGAGCCCAAUUUUAGGACUUGGGGAGGAGGCAUUUUUAGACAUUCAUCUGUUGCAGGCAUCCUGUGUGGACAAUGUACCUGUGUAUGUGAGGAGACAGGCUUUUGCAGUAUUUUGUAUCCUUGUUACUUAUGGGAUGGAGAGAAACCAUUUUUAGUGUUUUUACCCUGUGUUUGAAGAGGCAGCACAAAGGGAUGGGACAUGAGUGAUAAAGCCAUUGAUUCUUCCUAGGCUACUUUCCAGUGAUCUCUUCAGGUCAUAUACUCUACAGAAGUUUGGGGUGAGAUGGAGAGAGCAGUUAUUUCAUGCUCUGGGAUAGAACUCUUCCCCAGACCAACAAAAUCAAGACAGAAAACCUCCCCUUUCUGCUGGACCAGCAGUCCAGGAAUUCAAAUGAAAAUGUAGAUAGUCUCUGUAAACCUACGGCAAGAUUAUUUUUAUCAGCCAUUUUAUGUGUAGAUGCUACAGUGUGAUUUCAUGCGGAAAUAUUGCUAAAGAUUUUUUUUUAAAUAUAGACAUUGUGCGUGUGUGUGUAUGUGUGCGUAUGCGCGUGUGUGUGAGUGGGAAGUCCGUACUCUAAUGGGAGCCCAUGUGGCAUGCACUCCCUACCUUCAGUGCAAUGCUGUUCAGCUGCCUGGAAACUGAACAGGAGGAUGCACUUCAAAGAAGAGAUCUGCUAUAUUGUUUCUAUCUAUGAAUUUUGCUGUAAUUGGUUAUGCCAGAUAAGAUGUCACAAUACCACUGGUUUAAAAAUAAAACCUAUUUUUCAGA